AUGGUUGGAGCCCCUUCCUCCUCCUGCAAAGACAAGGAGCAAGUAUCUGAAGCAUUUGCUCUAGGCUGGAGGAAGGAAAGGCACGCCACAGACAAGUCAAAACGCGCGCUCCCCGACGGCCCCCUGGCCUGGCGCGAGCAGCCGCAGCCUUGGAAUUCUCCAGCCAAGGGUCGGGGGAGGAGUUGGGCGCUGCGGCCAGUGGCUGCUUCCCGACCUGCUGCCCAGUUUGAACACCUUGCCUUUCCCUCCCGGAAAUGCGCCUCAGUCUCUCCAAGGUUGCGCCCGACGCCUGGCGGGAGAUGGGGGCGAAGGGGGAGCCCGAGGCCAGGGCCGAGAAGCCGGAGCCGCAGCCGGAGCCGGAGCCGCAGCCUGAGGCCAGGCGGGAAGCCGAGGCCCAUCCCGGCCGACACCGGGCCGCCGCGGGACGUGGGCGCGGGGUCCCGGGUAGAGCCGCUCCCCGCCUCCAAGCCAAGUCAGGGACAGGAACCCAAGCUUGACUGGGCUUCGGGACAGCACAGGGCCCCUCGAGGCGUCUCCUCCGCAGUCGGGGACAGUGCGGAGCGGCCAAGUCUGCGGCCUCCCGGUCGGAAAGGCAGCUGGGCAGCCGUCCGCGAGACCCCCUGCCACACCGACUGCCCGGAGGCGCCCGUCAGCCGCGCCCUCGGAGGGCUGGGGCGGGAGGUGGGCUCGCAGCCCUGCGUCUCCCUGCCGGUGCCCGUGCUGCUGACGGCCGCUCUGGGCACAGGCUUGCGUUACUUGCCCAGCGAUACCGAAGGAAACCUCGAGGAGCAGUGCACCCCCAUGGGGAGCCCGGCCAAGGCCGAGCGGCGCUUUGUGCAGGGGCGUUUCACCGCCAACCACUCUCACGGAUUCUCCAACUCCUGGAAGAGCACCGGGGUCAAUUUUGUCUCCACCCUAGUGGUUUCCGGCACUGCCUCGCUGCUGCAACAAGAAAUCUUGGAAGAAAUUAGUACAUUGGACACUGUGGUGCAGGAUCUGUAUGUGGCCGAGGAAAACGGGACCCAGAUUGGCUACGAUGGGGUGUGCGCUGAACACCAGGGCGCCUGCGUGCCCUCCACCCCGCUCCUGUCCGCCUGGCGCAUGAACAAGGACCUCGACCUGACAAACAUCACUUUCCUCUUCAACCUAUCGGGUCAGCCCAUCUACCCGGCCGGCACCAUUGGAGGAACGUUUUUAGGCAAGAGGAUGGGAAGGAACCAAUUACUCGUGAAAGCCAAAGCCAUGCGGCUACUGUACUACCUGAAAACUGAGGAUGUGAAGGACAAUGAGCUUAGCAAGAUGUGGUUGAUCCAUUUCCUGAACCAAUCUACCAACAUUGAAAAGAGUUUGGCCUCGAAGAAGAUCCACGCAGGGAUCCUGAUGGUCUACUUUACAUCACUUUCUAGACAACUGGAGUUUGAAGCAACCUCUAUGACAGUGAUCCCCUUGUUUCAUGUGGCAUACCUUCUAAUCAUAUUAUUUGCAAUCACAUCAUGCUACAGGUAUGACUGUGUACAAAACAAAAUAUGGGCUGCAGCCUUUGGGGUGAUUUCUGUUGCCUUGGCAGUGGUGAGUGGCUUUGGCCUGAUGUUGUAUAUUGGGGUGCCAUUUGUGACCAUAGUUGCAAAUUCACCAUUUCUUAUUCUAAGUGUUGGGGUUGAUGAUAUGUUGAUAAUGAUUUCUGUCUGGCAGAAGACCAGCGCCAAGGACAGCAUGAGCCAGAGGCUUUCCACCGUCUAUUCCAAGGUGGCGGUGUCUAUAACAUUUACCACCAUUUCCAAUGUUCUGGCCUUCUAUACAGGGAUUAUGACCUCUUUCAGGUCUGUACAGUACUUUUGCAUCUAUACAGGAACAACCUUGCUCUUUUGUUAUUUUUAUAACAUCACCUGUUUUGGAGCAUUUAUGGCCCUGGAUGGUAAAAGAGAAAUAGUCUGUCUGCGCUGGUUGAAAAAGCCAAAAACUCCUAACCAAAAAUGUUUUUCAUUAAGAUCCUGCUGUCUCCCAUGUGAUUCUCUCCCACAUGAACAAGAAACUGAUACCCAUCCAAUGAAUUUGUUCUUUUGAGACUAUUUUGGCCCUUUUCUCACACGCACGGAGUCCAAAUUUUUUGUAGUGCUUAUAUACAUUUUGUACAUCAUAUUUAGUAUUUAUGGUUGUUUCCAACUACAGGAAGGUUUAGACCUUCGAAAUUUGGCAAGUGAUGGUUCCUACAACACACCACAUUUUAAUGUAGAAGAAGACUAUUUUUCAGAGUUUGGUCCAAGGGUUAUGGUUAUUGUUACUGAAACUUUUGACUACUGGGAUGAAGAUGCUAGGCAAAAGCUGGAAAAAUGACUGGCAGAUUUGGAAAACAGUGACUAUGUAGAUAAAAAUCUUACAGAAUUUUGGUUACGAGAGUAUGUGCAAUAUAUGGAAAACAGCAGACAAAAUGUAAAUGAUAAGUAUACAUUUAUGAACAGUUUGCCUACUUUUUAAACAAAUUUUCCACUUUUUAUGUAUGAUAUUAAUAUCUCAUCAUCAAAUGAAAUCAUUUCUUCCCGGGGCUUCAUUCAGACUGUGGAUGUUUCUUCUUCAACCAAUAAAAAGAAGAUGUUAUUCCAAUUACGAAGCAGAGCUGAAAAAUGCGAAAUUCCACUAGUGGUGUAUAACCAGGCAUUCAUAUAUUUUGAUCAGUACACUGCAAUAUUAGAAAACACUCUUCGAAAUGUCAUUGUUGCAUCAGCUGCUAUGUUCAUUGUUUCCUUUUUGUUAAUUCCUCAUCCACUGUGUUCCUUGUAGGUAACUUUUGCUAUUGCUUCUGUGAUUGUGGGAGUAACAGGUUUCAUGGCAUUCUGGAAUGUCAAUCUUGAUUCCAUAUCCAUGAUUAAUCUUGCUAUGUGUAUAGGGUUUUCUUUUGAUUUUUCUGCACACAUUUCUUAUGCAUUUGUUUCCAGUUCUAAGCCCUCAGUAAACCAAAAAACAAUUGAGGCAUUGUAUCUGCUAGGCUACCCAGUGUUACAAAGUGCACUUUCAACAGUAAUAGGGGUGUGUGUUUUAUCUGUAGCUAAAGCAUACAUCUUCAGGACAUUUUUUAAGAUUACGUUUCUUGUUAUGCUAUUUGGGGCUGCUCAUGGCCUAAUUUUUAUCCCAGUAUUCUUAACCUUUUUUUGAAGGUUUGUUUGAAUAUACACUAACAAAUCAAACACCAAUUAUAAAAUUCCUGAUUGCCACAAUCCAAUCUGAUAAAAAUGCACUAUUAGAAAUAGUCAAUAAACUAAAAAAAUAA